AUGGCACGCUCCUUCUCCGUAGAACAAUGGCCAUCGGGGUAUUCCUUCACAUCCAAGUCCUCUAACAGGACGUACUCGUGGUGCGUCAGACUGCUGCGUGCCGCAAGGUGGAUUCUCAUCGCAUGUGCCGUAAGACCCGAAGGUAACAGCAUCACCGCCACGCAGCCGUUUGUGAGCAAGGAGCUUAGGGUUAAGUUUGGCUGCUUGACAGUGGCCAUCUUCUUAGGAAUUGAGCUGCUAGGAAGACUCUACGUCACCGACGAGCGGCUGAUAAUGCUGAAGGGAUUUGGGCUGCAGAUGGAGACCAGAUCGCUCUUCGGAAAGCAAAGCAUAAGAACGCUGCCUAUAUCGGAAAUAUCGGAUAUGCUGAUAAAUGAGGCCAUUAUGAUGGACGAGGCGAUCUUCUACCUGCUGAUCACGCUGAAAAAUUCGGAUGAGAUUGUGCUCCCAUUCGAAAACGCAAUUCCGAAGCUCAAGGGGCUUCGUCUCAUCCACAACACAUUCAACGAAAUGUUCCCAGCCGAAAUGAGGCGCAAUAUCGCUGAAAAACCAUCAUCGUAG